AUGAGCAGCUUGCUUGACAAGGUGCGCGAACAGCUGAAGGCGGCGGAAUCUAAGCGUGACAGCGCUUUGGUUAAACUCGAGCAGGCUAAGCACGAUCUUGAGAAGAAGAAUCUUGAGAAGGCGGAUGCCAAGCCAGCAUCUAUCAAGGUAGAACCGGCGCCCCCAUCUCCAGCACUACCUUCUCCGGCAGCACCGCUCAGUGCGUCUGCCAAGAAG